ACACAGCUGACAUGUUAACUGCGACAUGGGGGUUUCGCAGAUAACGAUGAAGAAGUUCAACAAGUAUUUGUGUUGUGUAAAUUUGACACUUGCCACGAGAUUCAUUGGAUUUUUGGGAUUGGCUGUAUCAGCGAUUUUGACGUGCGUUCUAAUAAACGAUAAGGUGUCCACGGAUUACAAUGCCAGCAGGAAGACUGCGUUGGUGCUAGGUUUGGACUGGGAACAUUUUCACCUGAAAGCAAAUGCCUCGCACGCCGCAGAUCCAGAAGGGAAUACUAUUUCGAUUAUUGUCAUUUUAUAUGCCGUGUUAUACCUGCUCAUUAAUAGCUUACUCAUUUACUCCACGAUCACAUUGAAUAGAUGGUGCACAGUUCCAUGGAUAAUCUGCGAAUUAUUCAGUUGCGUUUCCAAAGUGGUUGCCAUGGUUUUUCACAGGCUUGAUGAUCAGGACCAUUUUAGCAACGUCUUUGUGAUUGGAUCUAUUUGCUACAUAUUAUUAAAUAUUUGGUGGUGGAUUGUAGUCGUGUCAGCGCAAGCUUCAUGGACGGAACAGAACAGGUUUACUUUUCACUUCACGCUUACUCCUAAACCGAGUGUAAGCAUGAGCAGUCGACUAGAGUCGGAUUGGGAUUUACCGACUAUCGGCAAUACAAGUCGUCCGAAGUUGUUGCACGCUGUUUCGUUCAUCGAUUCACCAAAGGCUUAUUUACCCAAUCAAAAAUAUUCGGAAAUUUAAUUCAUUAUAGAUCGUAAUUAAUUAUAGACUAUUUGCUUCAUUGAUUUAUUAGGAAAAUAAAUUUAAUUUGUAUGUAAUUACAAUUAGACAAUAAAUUAUUUGUUAAAUUCAA